AUGCCGGUUACCUAUGGACCUCAGCCAUUGAGGCCUAUAAAUGUGGAUACUAGACAUGGAUUUGGUGAACAGUACCACAGUGAACAGUUUUUACAGUCAUUAGCCAACGAUUUCAUAUUUUAUUUUGAUGAUAAGAGACAUAAGACUAACGGUAAUCCGACUCCUGAGGAGGAAAAGGAGGAGGAUGCACAGCAUUACUACCAGCCUAUACAGGAUUGGAAGAUUAUGAAAGAUAGACAAAAAACCGUUAGUGCAGCUUUAUUGUUGUGUCUGAAUUUGGGAGUAGAUCCACCGGAUGUUAUCAAAACGCAGCCAUGUGCAAGGGUAGAGUCAUGGGUAGAUCCAUUGAAUUUCCAGGACUCUAAGAAGGCAAUUGAGCAAAUUGGUAAAAAUUUGCAGACCCAAUAUGAGACUUUAUCGCUACGAACUCGAUACAAGCAAAGUUUAGAUCCAUGUGUUGGAGACGUGAAGAGGUUUUGCAAUUCGUUGAGAAGAACCUCCAAGGAUGAUCGGAUAUUGUUCCACUACAAUGGACAUGGAGUUCCACAACCAACACCGUCAGGUGAAAUAUGGGUUUUUAACAGAGGUUAUACGCAAUAUAUCCCCGUGUCUCUAUAUGAUUUACAAACUUGGUUGGGGGCACCAUGCAUAUUUGUUUAUGAUUGUAACAAUGCUGGAAACAUUGUAAACAAUUUUAAGAAAUUUGUUCAAAAGAGAAUCAGAGAAGAGCAAGAAGGUAUCCAAAAUACAUCAGCACCGUCGCCAUCAUUUACCAAUGCAGAGUGUUUUCAGCUUGCAUCGUGCAGAUCUGACGAAUUGUUACUCAUGUCACCUGAACUACCGGCAGAUCUAUUCACAUGUUGUUUGACAUGUCCCAUUGAAAUUAGUGUGAGAGUGUUUCUAAUGCAAACACCGUUAAAAGAAUCUAAGUAUAAGAUUCUAUUUGAAAAUCCAAUUACAAGUGAAUUUGACGACGAUAAAAACUCUUAUAAAUCUAGGAUUCCCAAUGUUAACAUUCCAGGUGUUUUGUCCGAUAGAAGAACACCGUUAGGUGAAUUAAAUUGGAUCUUUACAGCGAUUACCGAUACUAUAGCUUGGACUUCCUUACCUCGUCCACUGUUCAAGAAAUUAUUCAGACAUGACCUUAUGGUAGCAGCAUUGUUCCGUAAUUUCUUGUUAGCUAAAAGAAUUAUGCCGUGGUACAAUUGCCACCCUAUUUCAGAUCCAGAAUUAACGGAUAGCAUAGCUAGCCAUCCAAUGUGGCAAGCGUGGGAUUUAGCCUUAGAUGAGGUGUUGAGCAAACUGGUGGAAGAUUUAAAAAAUGCGCCGCCUUCUACUGACUUGGAGAGUCAAUUAAUUUUACAACAACAAGAGUCUUUACAAAGCCAAACACCGCAAAGAAAUGAGAUUAAAUCAGAUACCAUCCAAGCACAUUCGAGGUUUGCAGUCGGGAAUUUGAGUACCAUGUCAUUGGCUAAUCAUCCAGCGGCACAAUCAGCAACCAGGAAAUCAGCGGCAAGUUUGGUGCAAGUGCCACAGCAACAGCAACAAAAACAAUUCACCGGUUUCUUUGAACAAAACCUGACUGCCUUCGAACUAUGGUUGAAAUAUGCAUCCAAUACAAGACAUCCACCGGAGCAACUACCGAUUGUAUUGCAAGUGUUAUUGUCCCAAGUUCAUCGGAUACGUGCAUUGGUACUCCUCUCCCGAUUCCUCGAUUUGGGACCAUGGGCGGUCUAUUUAUCGCUGUCUAUAGGGAUUUUUCCCUACGUUCUGAAACUUCUGCAAAGUCCCGCACCUGAAUUGAAGCCCAUUUUGGUUUUCAUUUGGUCGAGGAUCAUGUCGAUUGAUUAUAAGAACACACAGGCUGAGCUUAUUAAGGAAAAAGGGUUCAUGUACUUCGUGUCAGUAUUAGUACCCGAUUGGGGCGUGCUUCCAUCACCAGCAAGUAGUUCUUCCAUUGCGCCAGGCUCACAAUUUUCCAUGGCUGCUAGUCCUAGCUUAAAUGGUUCUAGAGGUCAAUUUUAUCCUUCCCAGGGGGGCGCUUACCUAGCUACUCAUUAUCACUCUAAUGAUACAACUGAUGAGCAGAAGGCAAUGGCGGUUUUUGUCCUUUCUUCGUUCGUGAGAGAUUUCCCACUGGGUCAGAGGUAUUGUUUCAGCUUAGACUUGGUGGACAAAUUAAGCUUCUACUUGGAAAAUUCUGAAAUUCCCCUGCUACGACAAUGGUGUGCAAUUUUAAUUGGCCAACUUUGCAGUCACAAUUCGCUUUACAGGCAUAUAUGUAUGAAUGCGGGCAUCAUAAACACAUUGCUGGGAUCUUUGAAAGAUCCUGUUCCCGAAGUGAGAACCGCUGUGCUAUUGGCUUUGAAGAAUUUCAUUUCUGAUGUCGAUGAUGUUGACCAGAUGUUCAGAAUGCAGCAAGAAAUGGAACAACAAUAUCACCAACUUCAUGCACAGCUGCAACAAUUGCGGGGCGGUUCACAUCAGCAGCAGGCACAUCAUAUUGAACAACAGCAGAUUAAAUUGGAGCAACAGAUUCAGCAUUGUCAAAUCAUGCAAUUGCAGAUGCAAAAUAUUGAACCAAGGAAAUUGAAAAGACAGGAGGUCACCAACCUUGUAGCAGUUUUAGGGUUAAUAAAUGAUGGAUCGCCAUUGGUAAGAAAGGAAGUGAUCAUUUUUUUAUCACAAGUUGUUUACCGUUACAUUAAUUUCUUCAUCGUCGUGGCAUUUAAUGAAUUGAUCGAAGAGAUUAUUCAAAUGGAAGGCAAAGAUUCUGAUGCUCAGAACUUUUCUGAUAAAUACUCGGUUAGUCAUGGAUCUGUUUUUAGUACUGUUUGGGAAGCGCUACUGAUUCUGGCUGAGGAUCCUUAUUCUGAAAACCGCUCUUUGGCCGGACAAGUUGUUGAUUAUAUUUUGCUAGAGCUAAGUACCCACAAGGACCUAAGUGAUGCAUUCUCAAAGAUUGAGCACUAUUUGGCUAAAAGAAGCGUGGGCCAAAAUGGUAGGUCAAUGGUAAGUAACCCUCAAGUUCAGCUUUUGAAAAAGCCAAAUUUACCAUUCUCUUCAGAUAAGAAUGGAAAGAAUGAAAGUACUGAAAGAAAGAAGGAUGGUAGCAGCAUACGUAAGAAAGGUGCAUCUUUAAGCAAGUUCUUCCAGAACCUUAGUUUGGGAACUUCGAGAAGUGGAUCUGAAAAUGACUUGCGUGGAAUGGUGAAUGAUCAUGAUUCGAAACCUGCCGGAUUAUCUUUCUUGAGUGUGCCACAUGGUAUGGCGCCUCAAGCAACGAUCCCAAGACCUCGGAAGUUUGAUGGAGCAUUGAAACUGCCAUUGGAAAGCACUUUCUUGGACUAUUCUCGUGAAUAUUUUCAAGAACCACAGAUGAGAAGACAUGAAACUGAUGAGCCAGGAAGUGUUGAAUAUAGUGCUAGAGUAUGGCGCAGAAACAGAAAUGAGAGUAUUAUUCAAGAGACUCAAGCUGAAAAGAAAUUGGCGCUUUACGGCGAUUGGUCUAAUCGUGUGGUCACCUUGGAUAAUAAGACGCAACCGAAAUUGUUGAGGUUUGCACAAUUUGAAAAUCACUUGGUUAGCGUAGAUGAAAGAGACGAAGUGACAGUUUUCGAUUGGGAUUCCAAGAGAACGUUAUCAAGAUUUUCCAAUGGCAAUCCAUUUGGUACUAAAGUUACGGAUCUAAAAUUUUUAAAUGAAGAUGAUGCUGCCCUACUGUUGGCUGGUUCAUCCGAUGGUAUCGUGAAGAUCUAUAAGAAUAUUCAUUCUAAUGAUGAUCUCGAGCUUAUUUCUGCAUGGAGAGGUUUGACUGAUAUGUUGUUGACUCCUCGUUCUAGCGGACUAUUAACUGAAUGGCAACAGAUUAGAGGUUCCCUUUUAACUACUGGUGAUGUAAAAAUCAUUCGUGCAUGGGAUGCCCAUACGGAAACGGUUGAAGUGGAUAUACCUGCGAAGACUUCAUCCUUAAUUACAUCUAUUACAUCGGACCAAUUGGCAGGUAAUCUUGUUGUUGCCGGUUUUGCCGAUGGGUCCCUCAGAGUAUACGAUAGACGUGUCGACCCAAGAGAUUCUAUGGUUAGACUCUGGGGACCAGGUGCAGGUUCCAGACGUACAUGGAUCAAUAACGUUCACAUGCAAAGAGGUGGUUGCAGAGAAUUGGUUAGUGGUGCUACUAAUGGUGUUGUAGAGUUAUGGGAUAUACGAAUGAAUGAGCCUGUAGGUAUGUUCACUGAUGAAAACGUUCAACAACAGAAUGGACAAAGAAGAACUACUACCAUGACUACCACUCAAGUACAUGAACAUGCUCCAAUUAUUGCUACAGGAACGAAACAGGUCAAAAUUUGGACUACAUCUGGUGAUCUUUUGUCCAGUUUCAAAAACCAACACAACACUGGUGGUGUGGCAGGUACUCUAGCUGUCACAGGUAUCAGAUCCACAUUAUCGUCUUCAAGCGCAUUUUUGUCAUCGAUGGCAUUCCAUCCUCAUAGAAUGAUGUUGGCUGCUGCCAAUUCUCAUGAUACUGGCAUCAGUAUCUAUAAAUGUGAGGACAGGAACUCUGAGUUUUACUAA